UGAUCUCUUGGUUAUGCAAUCAACAACUAAAAAUAAUAUACUUGUUCCGCGUUUACUCGUCAAACAAUUAAAUACCUUUAAACCAAAGUCAUAUAACAGCCCACAUAUAAUAGCUAAGCUAUCCAUCCAUAGGAUAUGAACAUUUCUCUAGAUAUUUAUCCAGCUGUCAGAGUCUAAUUUUAGGCAAUUUACAAUCAUCAUCUUAUAGCACUAAUUGUUGACAAGAUCUUUGACUUCUUAAGGACCACAUGUCAAUGAACUUGAAGUCAUCAAAUUCCUUUUUUUUUUUAUUACUGUACAUCUCUUCAUGUAUUAAUUAGAAUUCCGAUUAAUACAUUGUAAAAAAUUUCAAUGGACUACAUGUGUCAUGUGUAAACACUUGAUACACAUCGUUAUAAAAGAUUACUUACAUAGAGGGACAUGAUUGUUUAUUGUUUUGAUUCUAUAUAACAUACAUAGCUAAUUGUGGAUGUGUAACAAUGUGUAUAAUCGAUGGAGAUAUAUCAUAGCAACCAGCAGCUUUGGCCAUAGAAAUUGGAUUAUAAAUUUUAAAAAAUGGGAAAUACUGAGAGUAAUGUAACAAGUGGAGUGAAAAAGCAGACAGAUACAUCCUCAAUUCUUCUUUAUAAAUUAGUCGACUUGAAAGGUGGAGGCUUACUUGUUGACAUGAUGAAACGAGCCACGCAGACGAAACAAUAUGCAGAGUUGGAUCAUGCUAUCAGAACUAAAGUUGAACCGUUUCUCUAUAAUAAAGGGAAGGGAAAGUGGAUACCAAUAGAUAAAUUAGUAUUAAUGAGAAAUAAAGAACGCCCUCGUCAUAAAAUGUUGCCGGUAUUAAAAGCUAUGGAAAAUCCAUCAGAUUAUGAUGUUACAAAAGAUAUUAGUGAUGAAGAUGUUGACGAAAAUAAAAUAGAUAAAAGUAAGUACCGAGAAGUCUGCUGGAAUUUAAGUGAUCGAGGAGCAGUUGGUGAAACGAUUUUACAUCUGUGCAUGCUAAACGCCACAGCUAUUCAUGCUGAUUUGGCUAAACGAUUACUACGUUUUUAUCCGAAGCUUAUAAAUGACAUUUACCUCAGUGAUGAGUAUUACGGAGAAAAUGUUCUACAUAUUGCAAUAGUCAAUGAAGAUCCAGCAAUGGUGAAAUUUUUGUUAGACAGCGGAGCAAACGUUCAUGAACGUUGUGUUGGUAAUUUUAUGUGUCCAGAAGAUCAAAAGGCUUCACGUACAGACAGCCUAGAACAUGAAUGGCCCUGUGUUAGUGUAGAAACUAAUUAUGACGGGUACGUGUAUUGGGGUGAAUAUCCGCUUAGCUUUGCAGCAUGCUUAGGUCAAGAAGAGUGCUACCGAUUGAUGUUAGCCAGAGGUGCUGAUCCUGACAAGCAAGAUUCAAACGGGAAUACUGUGUUACAUAUGCUAGUUAUUUAUCAGAAGCUUGCAACAUUUGACAUGGCUUAUGAAGUUGGCGCCUCUCUAUCCAUUAAAAAUAAUAAACAGUUAACACCACUAACACUCGCAGCAGAGCUUGCCAGAAUAGAAAUGUUUUUUCACAUUAUGAAUAUUGAGCGUGAAAUAUAUUGGCAGAUUGGUAGUAUUACUUGUGCGGCCUAUCCCUUACACCAAGUUGAUACAAUAGACACUAAUACCGGAGCUAUAAAUAAUAUUUCAGCAUUAAAUCUCGUCGUUUUUGGAGAUAAAGAUGAACACUUGGAAUUGAUGGAUGGUGUUCUUGUAGAUCUUCUUAACGCAAAGUGGAAUACAUUCAUAAAAUCACGAUUUUAUCGGCAAUUUUUUUUAUUCGGAUUUUAUUUUAUCUUUUCUCUGAUAAGUUUCACCUUACGACCAGGUCCAUCACCUGCAUUUACAGGUAAAGCUUCUAUGACAGCUGGAACUGAAUCAAUUUCUUCCACUUCAGUAACUGUAACUCCUUACACUGAAAAUCCUGAAUCUUCCAAUAUGUCAGUAAUAAUUGAUCAUUUGGCUUCUGCGGUCAGUUCAAAAUUUGUAUCAGACUUUAAUAAAUCUCUGUCGAACUUUGAUUCCGAAACUUUAAUUUCUUUAUUAACAAGUAAUUUAACUUCAGUUUUGAAUAAGUUUAUGAAUUUUACUGUAAAUGACAAUCAAAUCUCGACAUCGAAUUUAUCUUCAUUCAGUGAAUCAUUGAUAAAUAUUCAUGACAGUGGAAGUGUAAAUAAUAAUCAUACAACAGACUCUACUCUUAUGGAUUCACCAAUUACACCUGGUCGAAGCUCUACAGAGACUUGGUGGGAGGAUCUGACAGAAGAAUGUAGACUCAUGCAGUUGGAAUCGCCCAUUGCAAAAAUCAGACUGACAGCAGAAGUUUUUAUGGAAUUGGGAGCUAUUUUAUAUAUUGCCGCAGCUCUUCGAGAGGCCAGAUUUCUAGGUCUCAAUAUGUUUGUUGAGAAUCUUAUGACUGCACCAUCACGCGUAAUGUUUCUUUUCUCUUGCUGCAUUCUACUGUCAUUUCCAUUUCUACGUUUGGCUUGUGCAGACAAAAUUGAAGACAUUUUAGCAGUAGUUGUUAUGUUAACAACAGCUCCAUAUUUCCUUUUUUUCUGUAGAGGUUUCAAAACUGUAGGACCUUUUGUUGUGAUGAUUUACAGAAUGAUUAUGGGAGAUCUUCUUAGAUUUGUUACGAUCUACUUGGUCUUUGUUAUGGGGUUCUCUCAAGCUUACUACAUCAUUUACCUAUCAUUUGAUGACCCUCAAACUCCUGAGGGUGUUGAUGACACUGUCAGCAAUCCAAUGCCUUCACCUAUGGAAAGUAUCAUGGCUAUGUUUCUCAUGAGUUUAACUACUUUUGGAGAUUAUUAUGCUACCUUUGAAAAAACUGACCAUGAAAUUUUAGCAAAGUGUCUUUUCGUGGUAUACAUGGCAAUAGUUGCAAUUCUCCUUGUUAAUAUGUUGAUUGCCAUGAUGGGUAAUACUUAUCAAAAAAUUGCCGAAACUCGAAACGAAUGGCAAAGACAGUGGGCUAGAAUUGUCUUGGUGGUUGAAAGAGGUGUGAGUCCAGCAGAAAGAUUAAAAAAGUUGAUGGACUACUCUCAACCUAUGUCCGAUAAUCGACCAGCGCUAGUCUUACGUUUACAUCAAUCAGAAGAAGAUAAAGAAGAAAUGAAAGAAAUCCUAGAGAUGAAAAGGACUCAUGAUAGAUUGUACAAGAAGCGAAUGGAACGAGAGAAGAAGGAGAAAUCUCUAGACUCAUUACAUACUUAAGAUAUGAAUGUUAAUAAAAAUUAGUUGUAAUUUAUUUCAACUGUUUUUAAUGAUAAUAUUAA